GCGGGCCGCGCCGAGGCCGCCAUGGCGCUGAACGGGGCCCUGGCGCUCCGUGUCGCCUACGCGUCCUUCGGUGCCCUGAGCGGCCUCUCGGCCUUCUGCGCCUGGAGCGUGGUGCCCGCGCUGCGCCAGCCCGGCACGGCUGCGGCCGGCGGCCUCUCGGGUGUGCUGGCGCUCUGGGCCCUAAUCACGCAUGUGAUGUACCUGCAGGAUUACUGGAGGACCUGGUUAAAAGGGCUGAGGUUCUUCCUCUCCGUCGGGAUCCUCUUCUCUGCCCUCUCCGGGCUGGGCUUCUGCGCCUUCCUGGCCCUGGCCAUCACCCAGCACCAGUCCCUGACUGACCCCAAGAGCUAUUACCUGUCCUGCGUGUGGAGCUUCAUGGCGCUCAAGUGGGCGCUGCUGCUGAGCCUCUACUCGCACCGGUACCGCGCCGAGUUCGCCGACAUCAGCAUCCUCAGCGACUUCUGAGCCCCGGGGCAAGGUGUGAGAGAGGGCACAGACACUGUCUGUCUGUCUGUCUGUCAGUCUGUCUCUCCAACAGAGGGCUUUUCCUGCUGGCUUUUCCUCACUCAUCGCUGCUCGUUCUGGGAGGGAAGGAGGGGAAGGACUCCCUGAGUGCUGCCAAAGGGGUGGCAGUCCCCACCUUUGUCACUGCCCUGCUCCUGUGUCCCCUCUCCGCUCCGUGGGAAGGGCCCAGCUGAGCUCCCAGCCACGUUCUGCCUCUCCAGGGCUUUGGGGUUUGGGGGCAGCAGAGGAGCAGAGCUCAUCCCAGAGCUCCCAGGGAUGGGAAUGCUGCUCCAGGCAGAGCACAGCUCAUCCCAGAGCUCAUCCCAAAGCUCCCAGGCAUGGGAAUGCUGCUCCAGGCAGAGCACAGUUCAUCCCAGAGCUCAUCCCAAAGCUCCCUGGGAUGGGGAUGCUGCCCCUGGCAGAGCACAGCUCUUCCCAAAGCUCAUCCCAAAGCUCCCUGGGAUGGGAAUGCUGCUCCUGGCAGAGCACAGCUCAUCCCAGAGCUCAUCCCAAAGCUCCCUGCCUUGGGAAUGCUGCUCCUGGCAGAGCACAGUUCAUCCCAGAGCUCAUCCCAAAGCUCCCUGGGAUGGGGAUGCUGCCCCUGGCAGAGCACAGCUCUUCCCAAAGCUCAUCCCAAAGCUCCCUGGGAUGGGAAUGCUGCUCCUGGGAGAGCACAGCUCAUCCCAGAGCUCAUCCCAAAGCUCCCAGGGACAGGAAUGCUGCCCUGGCUGCUCCCCAGGCUGGUUUUCAAAAGGAAUGGGAUCUCAUUUAACCAUAAAUGCUGUAUUUAACGCUUGAAGUUGCAGCAGCAGCAGGUGUAGGGAAAAGGUGUUUGGGGGAAAGGGGUGUAGGGUCAAGGCCUGACCUGCCUGAGCCUCAGGGAGAGGAUUCCUGGGGGGAAAAAUAAGGAAAAAAUGUUUUUGUGGAAGCAGGAGGAGAGGGGAGGGGACAGAGGCUGCUCAGGGGACCCCAGGGAUUGAGGAGCAGCUUUGGGGUGAGGCUGUGACGUGCUGGAGUCCCUAAACCCAGCCCUGGGCCGUGUUCUAGCCCUGGAGUUCCCACCCCACAUGCCAGCUUUUUAAAGGAUGCUGUGUGUAAAUAUUCCCUCUAUUUUUACAUGGAUUCCUCCUGGUUUGCACCUCGGGGGUGCCAGGGUUGGUGCCACCCUUGCUGUCACCGUGUGCCACCACAAAUACAGCCCUCCCUCACCA